ACGCGCUUGCAACAGGGAUGACGUCCGACCACAGCAGGAGCCCUGGCCACUAAAUCAAUGAACUUCAUUUGCUAAUAGCCCCACAAAAACAAAAACUGUAACCCAACUAAGAGUUGGAAAUAGGACAAUGUUGAUAACGGUCAGAGAAGCUUCGUCUUGGCCUCUUAGCUUCAACCUCUCUACACUCUCUCAUCCCAAUCCCAAACCUUCUCCACUGCUCAAAGCCUAUGUUUGCAGAGCCAGUUUAACCGUCCAUAGAAAACCCAGCUCCAACCAAUCAUGGAAACUUGGUCUUCUUUCUAACAGCCAUAAAGGAUCUGUUUUUGAUCCCUUGGGUAUCAAUCCAGAUGUCUCUGGUCUAAAUGGUGUUUGGGAAAGUUUUUUAGCCUUGUUAACACCUACAUUUGAGAGUACUUCUGGUACAAAGAAGGAGAAAUCUUCUUCAGCUCGAGGAGUGGCAGCUGCAAUUGAGGACAGUUCCAUUGACUUUGGGGAUUUCUUCAAAGGCCAAUUACCCGGAAAAUUUCUCAAGCUUUUAGCGUAUUUAGCCCUGUCACGUCUUGGAGUUUAUAUACCUCUAGGUGGGGUUAACCGAGAGGCUUUUGUUGGCAAUUUGGAUCAGAACAGUCUACUGAGCACUUUGGAUUCAUUCUCUGGAGGAGGCAUUGGUAGACUUGGUAUAUGCUCCCUCGGUAUUGUUCCCUUCAUUAAUGCACAAAUUGUGUUUCAACUUCUUGCCCAAGUUUACCCUAAAUUGCAAGAUCUUCAGAAAAGAGAAGGUGAAGCAGGAAGAAAGAAAGUUCUUCAGUAUACUAGAUAUGCUUCAGUUGGUUUUGCUAUAGUACAGGCAAUUGGCCAAGUACUAUACCUUCGUCCGUAUGUCAAUGACUUUAGCACACAGUGGGUUCUCUCCUCUGUCACUCUAUUGACACUUGGUGCUGUACUUACGACAUAUAUUGGGGAAAGAAUUUCUGAUCUAAAACUUGGAAAUGGCACAUCUCUUCUAAUAUUUACAAACAUUUUAUCCUACUUGCCAGCCUCUUUUGGUAGGACAGUUGUGCAGGCAUAUCAGGAUGGUAACUACGUUGGACUUGUUACCAUCAUUAUCUCAUUCUUCCUACUGGUUCUUGGCAUUGUCUAUGUUCAGGAAGCAGAGAGGAAGAUUCCACUCAACUACGCCUCAAGAUACAGCAGCAGAAGUGGAGGACUUCAAAAAUCUGCUUACCUACCUUUUAAGGUGAACAGCUCUGGAGUGAUGCCAAUUAUAUUUUCAACAUCAUCCCUAGCUCUUCCUGGUACUUUAGCACGAUUCACUGGCAUAUCUGUGCUAAAGAAGGCUGCAGUGGCUUUGAAUCCUGGAGGAUCUCUCUACCUUCCUACCAAUAUCUUGUUGAUAGCCUUUUUCAAUUACUACUAUACUUUCCUACAACUGGACCCUGAUGAUGUUAGCGAACAACUGAAGCGCCAAGGUGCUUCAAUUCCACUGGUCCGACCUGGUAAAAGUACAGCAGCAUUUCUGAAGACGGUUCUUAGUCGGAUAUCAGUUUUGGGUUCAGCAUUUUUAGCAAUCCUGGCUGCUGGUCCUGCUGUAAUUGAGCAAACCACACACUUAACUGCAUUCCGAGGAUUUGCAGGGACUUCUGUUCUUAUUCUUGUGGGAUGUGCAACUGAUACUGCAAGAAAAGUUCAAGCAGAGAUAAUAUCUCAAAAGUACAAGAACAUAGAGUUUUAUGACUUCGACAGGUAUGGGCCCUAAAUGGGGAUAGCAAGUUGAAGACCGGACGAGGAUGAGAAGACCAUUUUGCAAUGACUAAUUCUGUUUACGAUAUCUUCUCUAAUAGGUUUGAUGGUAAUGCUUGCUAUGACCAUCAUACUCCGUCCAUGGUCAAUUUUCCCUAGCAUAAGAUCAACUAAGGAUGUUUCUUGUACAUAUGCUGCUCUGCGGCCACAAUUCUUCGUUCAAUAUAUUACAAGGUGAUUGAAAACUUGUAAUAUGCUUA